CACUGCCCAGAGGGAGUCAUGGCUGCAGAGAACCCCGUGGAAAGUCUCCAGGAGGAAGCUACAUGUCCCGUCUGUCUGGAGUAUUUCACAGAACCUGUCACUCUGGAGUGUGGGCACAAUUUCUGCCGAGCCUGCAUCAGCCAGUGCUGGGAGGGAUCCGAUACAGCCGCCUCCUGCCCUCAGUGCAGAGAAACUGUGCAACAGAGAAACCUCAGACGCAACAGGCAGCUGGCAAAUGUUGUAGAAAUCGCCAAGCGGCUGAGUUUACAGGCAGCAAAGGGAACAGGACGGGACGGGGUGUGUGGGGAACACCAGGAGACUCUGAAACUGUUCUGCGAAGAGGAUCAAACCCCCAUCUGUGUGAUCUGCAGAGAGUCCCGGGCUCAUCGCGCUCACACUGUGGUUCCCAUACAGGAAGCUGCCCAGGAGUACAAGGAAAAAAUCCAGGCCCAUUUGCAGACCCUGAGGGAAGAGAGAGAAAAGCUGCUGGGAUUUAAAGAGGCUGCAGAGAAGAGAAGCCAGGAGUAUCUGAAACAGACAGAAACCGAGAGGCGGAAGAUUGUGUCUGAAUUUCAGCAACUGCGGCAGUUCCUGGAGGAACAAGAGCGACUCCUGCUGGCCCAGCUGGAGAAGCUGGAUGAGGCAAUUGUGAAGAUACAGAAUGAAAAUGUCAGUAAACUCUCCGAGCAGAUUUCCCAUCUCAGUGAGCUGAUCAGUGAGAUGGAGGGGAAGUGUCAGAAGCCAGCGAGUGAAUUCCUGCAGGAUGUCAGAAGCACCUUGAGCAGAUGUGAGAAGGGGAAGUUCCAGCAGCCAAGGGAGAUUUCUCCUGAACUGGAAGUGAAACUCAGUGAUUUCUUCCAGAAAACUAUUGCUGUAAUGGAGACUCUGAGGAAGUUCAAAGACACUCUGCCAUCUGCACUGGAAACACCAAGAGGGGAACCCCUAGGAGCACACAGACAGGUGAAUGUGACUCUGGAUCCAGACACGGCUCAUCCCAUCCUCGUCCUGUCUGACGAUCAGAAAAGUGUGAGAUGGGGAGACACGCGACAGCGACUGCAAGAUAACCCUGAAAGAUUUGACUCUGAUCCCUGUGUGCUGAGCUGUGAGGGAUUCACCUCGGGGAGACAUUGCUGGGAGGUGGAGGUGGGGGAUGGGCGAUUCUGGGCUGUGGGGGUGGCCAGAGAGUCUGUGAGGCGGAAGGGAGGGAUGAACUGUAGCCCUGAGGGGGGGAUCUGGGCUGUGCGGCGGUGGUGGGGUCAGUUCCGGGCUCUCACCUCCCCUGUCACUCCCCUGCCCCUGAGCCGGGCCCCCAGCAGGAUCCGGGUUUGUCUGGACUGUGACCGGGGGCAGGUGACAUUUAUUGAUGCUGGUGACGAGGCCCCAAUCUUCACUUUCCCGUCGGCCUCAUUCAAUAGGGAGAGAAUCCAACUCUGGCUCCAGGUCGGACCCAGACACCCGGCUCAGACUGUGUCUCUGAGAUGGGGUGGGGAAGAUACCACUGCGAACCCUGAGAGCAGCCUCUCAGACAGCACAGUCUCUGUGACCCUGGAGAUUGCUUUGGGUCUCAGCCUUUGCACUGUCAAUCCAUAGAGAGCAUUCAUUGAGUGAGGUAGAGAAGCCAAUCUCAUUGUCCCACCAGGCAUUGUGCAGCCUGUUUGCCACAGUCCUCUAUGAUCCAGGACGACUCUGGGGAUUCUGGGUCAGACAGUGUCACUGAGACAUGGGGGUACAGCCCACUGGGAAUGGAAAAAUAGGCUUCUCUAGCCACAGUCCUCCUAGCCCCUAUGACCUGGAGCAUUCCCAUCUACCCAGCAUUAGGGCUUAUCUCUAUGACCCGGGAAGACUCCUGUCUACCCAACCUUUGAGCUCUAUGACCUCUGCAAGCCCCUCCCCCUCCCUUCUUACAGCCCCAGAGAUGGGAGUGGGAGGUGUGAAGAACCCCUGGAGCUGCAGGAGGAGCAGGUUUCAGAGUGGUUGCCGUGUUAGUCUGUAUCAGCAAAAACAACAAGGAGUCCUUGUGGCACCUUAGAGACUGACAAAUUUAUUUGAGCAUAAGCUUUCGUGGGCUACAGCCCACUUCUUUGAUGCAUAGAAUGGAACAUAAUAUUGAGGAGAUAUAUAUACACAUACAGAGACAUGUGGGAGUUGUCUUACCAACUCUGAGAGGCCAAUUAAGUAAGAGAAAAAAAACUUUUGAAGUGAUAAUCAUGAUAGCCCAGUACAGACAGUUUGAUAAGAAGCAAGUGAUGAUGUUAGCACCGCAUCUCCUCAGGCCUCUACAGCCAAAUGUGUGGGGAAGGUCACAUGCUGGAUACAAAUUCCUCUGAUCCAUGUAAACCUCAGGUUCUCACCCUGUUAUAGAAGACUCUGGAAUUACCUGUAGAAUGGGAAAGAUUGACCUGCUUUGCUACUUUGUAGCAGAGGCAGACCAAGCAGCAGCUACAAGGCCGGGUCGCACCCCGGCUGGCAGAUAGAAUCUCAGUGACCGAGAGACUUUUUCCUCUGGACCAGAUGAACUGGAACCAUAAACUCACCAAAUGAGGGUUAAUCCAGCCUCAUCAUCAUCUAGGGGGAGGGAUAGCUCAGUGGUUUGAGCAUUGGCCUGCUAAACCCAGGGUUAUGAGUUCAAUCUUUGAGGGGGCCACUUAGGAUUUGGGGCAAAAUCAGUACUUGGUCCUGCUAGUGAAGGCAGGGGGCUAGACUAGAUGACCUUUCAAGGUCCCUUCCAGUUCUAGGAGAUAGGAUAUCUUUAUUUAUUUAUAUCCACUCGUUAUACUCCACACCUGAACAUAGCUAUCAUAUGAACAACAUCCCCUCCUAGCUCAGUGUCCGUACUUUGACCCGUUAACCUUUUACCCCCAAUUGGGGCUAUUGCAGAUUAUGUAUUCCUUACGCCAGCUGAUCUUAAACCGAACUUCACACCCCUUGUUAAUCUGUAGGUUAUUCCCUGAUCACCAGAAACUUCUACGCCUAAACUCUGUACCGUACACUUUUUUUU